GUAAUUGCUUGCUUUAAAACCAUGAACACCAAGAGACCAACGCCGAAAAAGGUGACAGACUCGCAGGAAGCUGCAGAAAUGAUUUUGAAUUGGUUUGAAAAGGAAAAUAAACCAGUUACUGUGCAAUUCCUCACAGAUGCGCUUGGGAGCCGCACAACGAAAACACUCGUUCAGAAGACACUUGAGGAUCUUUCCGAACAAAAAAAACUCCGGACAAAGGACCUCAAGAAGGUUAGACUUUUUUUUUUAGAUAUGGAAGCAUAUAACACACGCAUUGGUGAAGUUGCAGGGUCAAAAGUUGAAGCGCCUGAGGGCAAUGGUGGAACUGAACAUGACACUGAAUUCAAUGAGGAAAAGAAUGCACUAAUUGAGGAUAUCUUAAGAGCAUCACGCUUAAUCCAAGAAAAGGAACAACUUCUGACACAAUUGAAGCAAAGUCUCGUUGUGUCAGAGCGGAAAGAGAAGCUUUAUUUCGCAUCAGCUGAGGUGGAUGCCUUGGAAAAGAAACUUUUAGAAGCGAAGGGGAACGCUCAGUUGUGUGUUGCUUCCUCUUCUGAGAGUGAUCAUGUCGAUGAUAAAAUGCAGCGUAUUGUGAAGCAUUACCAAAAAGCUCGACUUCUUUGGAAAGAAAGGAAAGAAUAUGCAGAGCGCAUUGUGGAUGGUGUUCUCGGUGACGAGUGCUCGCCGCAUGAGUUGGCUAGUACAUUUGGCAUUAUAUCGGAUGCUCAAGCAGGGGUAUCUUUAUCUCAGUCUGCUGUACAUCUUCACCGAUCAUUUCUGGGUAUCUGAAUAAUAUACCAUAUUAUGUGAUUUUCACAAAAAGACUGUCUAAAUCAUUUUUACAUACAUAUAAGUGCUUGCUUUAAACUUCUAUUUAUUCUUUUACUGCUAUGAAUAUAAGGAUUUUAUCAUUUUCGUUACCCCAGUUAGUUUUGCAAUAUGACUCAUAUUGAUUAGUACUGUUUUGUUGUUUGUGGUACAUUGUAAUAAAUGUAGAAAUAUUUUGUCCUGUACUUUAUCAAUGCAUAUUUACAUUAAUCCUCUACUGUGAAAGAAUAUCAUAUAUAUAUAUGUGUGUAUGUUUAAUGUACACCAACAGUAAUUAAGUUAAACUGGGGUAAUAAAACUUCCAGGAGUACUACGUUGAGAACGCUGCUAGAGGUUUGUGAGAUUCUGGUACU